CACACAAACAAGUGCUGACAACGGGUGAAAACACACAUACAUAACAACGGCCAAAGUACAUGUGAGCUCAGUCACGGACCAGACAAAGCCUUUUGCUACCUUUCUUUUCUCUUCCCGUAUUCACAGACGUUCAGACGAGAGAGGAGAUUUCAGCCAGACAGAAGGAUCUAGUUAGAGGUUGAAGGUUAAACGGGUUGCGGAUUAAACAUACUGUAGAUAAGUGACCAGACGCACGUCCGCAUGGAGCACAUGGUGAAGGUGAAAGUGGAUGAACUUUAAGAAAUCUAAUCUGGUGUGAACAGGGAACAAGAUCUCCUCACAUGAGGGAACACCACUGUGAUGGCGGAGGGAUAUGAAUUUGACCUGAAGUACAUUACGGAGCGCAUCAUUGGUGUCACAUUCGGCCAUUUCUGCGCAGAGCAGACGUACCGACACAACCUGCGCAGCAUCACGCAGAUGCUGCAGUCCAAACAUGCUGAUCAAUACAUGGUCAUCAACUUAUCCGAACACAGUGAUGAUCUCAGCAGAAUGAAUCACAGGGUGGUGGAUUUGGGCUGGCCGGAGAGUCACGCUCCAUCACUCCAUCUGCUCUGUUCUCUGUGUAAAAACAUGAACAACUGGCUCAGUGCACAUCCUGAAAAUGUGCUUCUGCUGCACUGCAAAGGCAGCAAAGACAGGGUGGGUGUGGUAAUAUCCUCUUACAUCCAACUAUCUAAUGUUUCCACCAGUGAGGAACAUGCAUUAGAUCUCUACUCCAUGAAGAAGUUCUGCAGUGAUAAAAUGGUUAACCUCAUGACUCCAUCUCAGAAAAGGUAUGUGCAGGUGUUUGGCAGGCUGCUUGCUCACCAGAUCCACAUAAACCCUUCCCCUCUCUUCAUCCACCGCGUUCACAUCCAUCCCAUCCCUGACUUCCACCCUACAGUGUGUCAGCUGUUUAUCAGAGUGUAUCAUGGCACGCAGACAAUAUACACAUCAGGAGUGCAUCAGGUUGCCGUAGGUCAGACGGACAGUGUGUGUUUUAUUCUGGAACCCCCACAGAUGAUCAAUGGUGAUUUCAUGAUUGCCUGUUAUCAUAAAAAUGUUUCCGUGAGGACUAAUGAGACGGUGUUUCGCGUGCAGUUUCACACUGGCGCUCUAUCUGGAGACCAACUUUCCUUGCAGAAACAAGACCUUGAUCAUGCCAUCAAUGACCCAAGAUUCCCAGAGGACGGUGUAGUGGAGGUGCUCUUCUCAGAAAUAGCAGAGAGAGAUCCAUCCCUUGCUUCAGACUGUGGCUACUGGAGGAACAGUUCAGCCGUUGUCAUUGAAAAUAACGCUCUGGAUUCACUACAGGCUCAAUGGGACUUCAGUGAAAAUGAUACAGCAGCCAAGCCAAAUGAAGGCGACCAUUCUCUGAGCAGUGACUCUGGACUCUCCAGCUCCUCCCAGUGGACUGGAGGACAAGCCUCUGGGCUCACAAUCAGCUACAGCUCUGAGGAGCAUACUCAGCUCCACAGAGAUAAUCCUGGGCUCAGAAUGGAGGAGGAACAACCUUCUCCAGGGAUCCCGAGACACGACCCAAUAGCCAGUCAAGCUACAUUUGAUCAUUCCGGUCAUUUAAACGGUAAAGCUAUGUUCAUAGAGCGGGAGACGGACAUUAUAGAUGAUGACGACGACAUCACCACCCCUAAUGAUGCCAUUGCUGCUGUUUCAGACUCUAAAGACACACAAUCUUCAAAGGAACUGUCUGGUUUUUCUUCAGGUGAAUGUCAGAACUCUAUCCAAUCAAAUGAUUGUCAAACUGGAGCUCCUCCUGCCAUAUUUAGAGAUAAUGUGAGUUCCUCAAACACACUCAUACCCUCAUCAGUACCUGCUGGAUAUCAGACACAAAUAUGGGUGAAACAGCAGCAGUCGGUGUCACAGUCCACCUCAUACAUGCACACUCCAUCAGACGGACUGAAACACGAGGAGACGGAGCUCCAAAGACGUGGAGGCAAACCUUCGCUAUCAGACAACGGCUUUCCAGAGGCGCAGUCAGAGCCAGAGAAGGACGAUGAGUUUGCAACACUGGCUUUGGAUAUAGAUCAGUCAAUCGAACAGCUCAAUCAGCUGAUACUGGACCUUGAUCCUGACUUUGAGCCAAUCCCCACACAGGCAAGGAGUCACAUGACCAGCUCAGCCUCCCUUCACACCAAUGGAAAGACGCACUCAGAUGGAAGGGUUAAAUCCCACCAAUCAGGUUGGAGACGGGAAAAGCUCAGUGACGUCUCUGAAUACUCUGUGCUGAGGAGUGCGAGUGGUGAUCAAAUCCAGAACUUCCAGAGAUUCGCUUUUGACACACCAUCCCUGAGAGGUCUAUAUCACACUGACACUGUUGACUUUGGUGACCAGCCUCCAGAGGUUGACAGCCCACUGUGGGUGGGUCUUAAUCAAGUUCCGCCCACACCGGCAUUUCCUGUGACACCCCCCACUCCAUAUGUGAAGAGUUCACAUGACUUCAUCACUUCAAGACCUGGUUCUCAAACCAGUAGACACUACAUGAGCUCUCCAAUAUGGCAAGAGUCACGAGGUUACGUCGACAGCAUGACGCACACAUCUAUGUCAUCUGACGGAGAGCUCUUCCACUCUGAUGUCACAGGAAGUCCCGCCUCCUGUCAGAGGAUGUUCGGAUCCAUGCACUCUAUCUCCACCCCCAGCCCAUUGGUCAACACAGACAGCCCCACUCCAGCUCAUUGCUGGUUAGAAGGUGGAUCGAGCACCCCCUUGAGUCACUACACACCCCAACCCUCCCCACCCCUCACCCUCUCGGCACCCAACUCCCACAGCUCCCCUCGCGGAGCUCCUCGCAGCCUGACCUCGUCUCUGGAUGUGGGAGGACUGGAGAGCAGCUUGCUGGAGGCUGUGGAGGGUCUUGAGGCUCUGGGUCUGGAUGUGGCUCUACCUCCACAUCUGCCCCUGAAGAGACGUGGGACGGAGGGCUCGGAGACCAUGUUGAGUUUCCCGCUCAGCAGGAGUGCUGUCAGCACGUCCUAUGCCAGUCACAACACCUCGCCUACCAGAUCUACACCGAGUCCAGAUUUCAUGGCCAGUAAACCGGAAAACGUGAAGUUUGUUCAGGACACAUCUAAGUUCUGGUACAAGCCGGAUAUCUCGAGAGACCAAGCUAUUGGCAUUCUCAAGGAUAAAGAGCCGGGUUCCUUCAUCAUCAGAGACAGUCACUCGUUCAGAGGAGCUUACGGAUUGGCCAUGAAGGUGGCCACGCCCCCACCCUCCGUUCUACAGCAAAGCAAGAAAAUGGGUGAUCUGUCCAAUGAGCUUGUGCGGCAUUUCCUGAUCGAGUGCACACCGAAAGGUGUGAGGUUAAAAGGCUGCCCCAAUGAACCCUACUUUGGAAGUCUCACAGCUUUGGUGUGUCAACAUUCAAUCACACCAUUGGCUUUACCCUGCAGACUUAUCAUACCAGGCAGAGACCCUCUAGAAGAGUUGAAUGAAUCUCCUGCACAAACAUCUACAAACUCUGCAGCAGAGCUACUUAAACAGGGAGCAGCGUGUAACGUGUGGUUCCUGGGCAGUGUGGAGCUGGAGUCUCUGACAGGAGCUCAGGGUGUUCAGAAGGCCACCACUGUGAUUUUCAGUAUGGAUCCACCAACCACAUCCACUGUUGUUCACUUUAAAGUGUCUGCACAGGGAAUCACCCUCACAGACAACCAGAGGAAAUUGUUCUUCAGGAGACACUAUGCUGUCAACACAGUGAUAUUCUGUGCCUUGGAUCCUCAGGACAGGAAAUGGACACGAGACGGCUGCACAGCUGCAAAGAUCUUUGGCUUUAUUGCGAGGAAAAGCGGAAGCAGCACAGAGAAUGUGUGUCACCUGUUCGCCGAACACGACCCCGAGCAGCCCGCCAGCGCCAUCGUCAACUUUGUGUCCAAGGUGAUGAUAGGCUCUCAGAAGACCAAAUAGAAAAAAAAACAGAAAAAAAAAACAGAUUCUGGCAGAUGGAAA